AUGGAGCAAAGGGUGCUAGAAGCAGCUCGAAAGGGCAAUAUCCAUGAACUGGAAGACUUGAUCAGCAGCAAUGAGCAACUGCUCGAGGAGAUGGCUCUGGAAGGAGCCGGCCACACGCCGCUGCACGUCGCUUGUGUGGGCGGCCAUUUGGAUUUCGUCCGAGAGCUCCUGAAGCGUAUGCCGAAGCUUGCAGAAAAAGUGGACCCGCGUGGUUUCAGCCCACUGCACAUCGCGGCAGCUCGUGGUGAUGUUGAGAUCGCGGAGGAGCUCCUGAAAGUGGGUACGCACCUGUGCUCCGUGGAGGGAUGGGAGAGAAGAAUCCCUUUGCAUUAUGCUGUCAUCCACGGGGAGGUCGAUGUCAUGGAGAUACUACUAUCCACUUCACCUGAGUCUGUUGAAAAGACAACCGCCCGAAAGGAGACCGCACUUCACCUCGCCGUGAAGAACAACCGGUUUAAAGUGUUGGUUCAGUUGGUGGAGCAUCUGAAGCAGCACAAGAAGCAGCAGGUGAUCAAUUUGCAGGAUCACAAAGACAACACUGCCUUGCAUCUCGCUGUCGCCAGCAAAAAUUUCGAGGCAAGACUUGCGGUUCCCUUAUUUUAUUGCACUUUUCUUUGUGCAUUACUUCAGUGA